CUUAUGCUCGCUGUCCGGCUGCGUCGCUGCUGAUCAAGCGGUUCGCGUUGGGCUGGCGAUCAUCUGCUCUUCUGCUCUUCUCGAUUCAUGGUUCCAUCUCCCCGCGUCCAUCUCCCUGGUGUCUGUCCCGCUCUUGCUGAAACGUCCCGUCCCCAAUCUGCGCAUAUUCUAUCCGCCUCCACCUCAAUCCCAGCCGAUCGAGCCAUGCCCACCACGCGGCCUCCACAACGGCUCUAUACGAGGUUUCUAACCCCUCACAAGAUCACCGUGAUGUUUCUGAUCGAGCAGUUCAACUUUUUCCGUCUGCAGCCUGACCAGCUCGGAGCCAUGCUGCCGAUCAUCGAAAAGGAGGUGCAUGCGCUCGAGUCCGAUCUGAUCAAUGUCUCGGUCGAGCCGGCGCUGAGCGAGUUUUUGGACCGCAUUCGCAUGCGGUGUUCGCCCGAGAUAGCCGCCUCUAUCGACGACAAGCUUGCCGAGAUCGAAAGUCCCGAUGAUCUGUUUGCGAUAUUCGAAAAGUUCCAGGCGCUGUACCAGCCCAGUCUGGAUACCGAAAACGAGCUGUCGCAAUCGGAGCUCAGUCCCAUGGACGGCAACUCUGCAGUCGGCCUCUACGUCCGCCAGGCUUGCCUCGAAUUUCGGGAGAUGGGCUUUGAACAAGUCGUGCCCUUUUUUGAUUCAUUCAUGGCCUACAAGACCUCCUCGGCUGCGACUGGGGCAAGUUGGCCCAGCGGCAUGGCGAAACAGUGUCCUCCUUCAGUCAUUAGCGUCAACGACGAAGAUUUGCUGUUGCAACAGCAACUCUCGCUCCUGCUGCGAUAUGGCCCCACGGCAUCGCACAGCGUUCAGAGUCGAAUUGCUUUGGUCCAUCGCAGUGCACCCGAAAACGUCCGCAUCCAUUUCGUCAACUAUCUCAAGUGCGUCUGCAGCCGAGAGUUCCAGGGGGCGCUGGACAAUCUUCAUCGCUUCUUCGACCUCUGGAUGAUCAGCGAACCGAGACCCAUGUACCAUUAUGCGCUGCUUCAUCUGGCGCUGCUCUACUACCGCUUCGAGUGUCCAGGCGAAGCGCUGGCGGCCGUCAACAGCGCCAUUGUCGCGGCCCAGGAGCUGAAAGACGAGGAAGGUCUCGACUAUGCGGUCAACUGGAAGCAGGCUCUGAUCGAUCGAUACCCGGAAAUCAGCCCUACGAGCCAACGCACGGUUACCGAACGACCUGCCGACACAGCCGGCACCAAAGGCGCCCUGCCUGUCACGCAGAUAUCCCAGACCCUGCGAAACAUCCAAACCGAUCUGAUGGGCGCUGCCUCGCCAGAGUCGACAUUCCAGCAUCUCCAACAAGCCUCUGAGUUCAUGUACUCGCAGGAGACCCGGAACGCAGCCAUCGAGUCGGCAUAUCGUCUCACCUCGGCAACCGCAUGGGACAUUUAUGGCUUCAACAAAGUAGCGCAUCAGCACAGCGAGCAGUCGCGACUCUUGUCGGAUGAUUCGGGAAGUUCGCUCUCCCUCUCGGACCUUGACCCCAACCACGAGUUGUCGAUAUGCCGACAUGCACUCCAUCUAGCCGCGCAAGGCGACGUUCACGGUGCAUGCGAGUUUCUUUCCAAGCAGUACAAGCAAUCCAGGGCCUCUGCAGACAAGCAGCAGCCUCUUGCCGCCAGCAGGCGCUCCAAAACAAUCGAGCGCUGUCUGGAAGGGCUACUCUUCAAUGACUGUCUGCGCAGGAACAACCUCGAUGGAGCCAAACAGCAUCAGUUGGCCCAGGCUUCGUGGGCAGAGACACGCGAGGACGGCAUGGACUGCAGAUUCCAAGAGGCACGGCUGCUUCAGGCGAACGGCAAAUGGACCGAGGCCUUUUCGGUGUUGUCCGAGCUUCUUGAGGAAGUCAGCGAUCCGCGGCGAUCCGACCGCAUCAUGGCUAUUCCGUACCUACUGGAGAUCUCCAAAAUGUUCAUUCAAACCAGCAACAUUCCCUCGGCAAUUCCGCUCAUCCUCACCUCGCUCAAGCUGGCGGAGCACUACUCGUAUCAUGAUUACAAACUCAGGGCGCUCAUCCAGCUUGCCGACGCACUCCGAUGCUUCUCUUCGGUCGAGCGAGCGUUGUGGAUCAUCGGCCAGGUUCUAGACCAGAUCUAUGGUGUCAGCGAUCUCGAAGUCAUUGCCGAGGCAUUCUUCGUGUCCGCAAAGUGCCUGAUCCAAACGGCCACAGAUGCUCGCGACACAGUCCCGUCCGGUGGCGAAGAUUGGGAUCGACUGAGCGAAGAUUCGUUCGAAAUCUCAUUUCCAGACAGCGACAACGAUGGCGACGAUGAUGCCGAGGGGGACACACAUCCUCCGCCCCCGACCAAGCCUCCGAGUCUCAGUGCAUCGUGGGGAUCUGGCGCUCAACAAGUGCGCCCCGCCGAGAGGCUUGGGAUCGCUUUGGAGCAUCUGACUCGAUCACUUGCCGCAUACCGCAAACUCCGGUGGACCAGCUCGAUUCUGCAAGUGCUGCACCUCCAAGCAUGUCUUCACAACCGACUGGGACAGACCGAGGCUCGGGACGCGGUCGCGCAGGAGUAUUUGGAUCUGACGACGCCGCAGACCGACAUGCCACAAACGAAAAGGCCCAGCACGACAUCGUCCAAGCGGAUGAAGGUCAAAUGAAGUUCAUUGGCGCUUGUGCUGACGAACGUGCUUAUGUAUUGGAGGGGCAUUGGGAGGCCCAGCGACGAUGGCCAUCACACUGUCCCGCCGUUGGCCUCGUUUCUCGCCAGCAGACCAUAUUUCGAUAUCCAUCCGACCGUGAUGACGAAUCUGAGAAAUAUAAACGAGAGUCGAGUUGAGGCAACAUGCCCGAUCGGUGACAGUGCCGUUGGCGCACAUCUCCACCCCCAGCAUG